UCGCUCCAGCAGUAUAUAAGCCGACGAACAGGCUACAAUGUGGUGAGGAUCGCCAGACGCUCAUUCAAUUAUUCCUUUCUACCGUGCCAUCCACUCCUUAAAAUGGCACUCUUUCUUUUCUUUUAUCUGCUGGCAGUUCUUACCUUGGCUUCUGGAAAGCCUAUUUUGAUCCCCAGGCAGGCCGGGGAAGCAACGCAGGAUGUUGCUCAACCCUCUUUUGACGUUGCAAUAGAGACUCUUGGGAACACAACUGUCAGGGCGGAGAUCACAAACCUGGGCUCGGAGGGCGUUCGGCUCUCCCAAAGAGGUGGUAUCCUUGACCAUGUUCCAACAAAGAAGGUCAUUGUCCAGGGCGGUGACUCGGAUCCAACAUUCAUCGGGGCUCAUGUCGAAUACAUUCUCGCCCACUUGACUGCCGAUGGCUUCGUUGAAGUUGCACCUAACAAGACAGUCGCGUCCACUUUCGACAUCGCUGACAUCUACGAUCUUACCCCGGGGCAGGAAUACACAGCCGUGGCAAAGGGGGCUCUGGAAUACACUACGCUAGACAACAAGAGCAAAUUCAGAACCGCCAAAUAUACAUCCAACAACAUUUCGUUCACCGCGCCAGCGGACCUCACCCGUCGCAUGGAGCAACGCUCCGUGCUUGAAUGCUCAGACGAGAACAAGGCAGCAGUACAAGAAGCCAUCCUUCGAGCCGCUAAAAUGGCCACCGCGGCAGCUAAAGACGCUCGCACAGGCAGCAGUCUCUUUGAAAAGUUCUUCAAAACUACCUCUCAAUCCGAUAUCGAGAAAGUCGCAGGUCGAUUCGAGGCUAUUGCCAAGGAAGCAACAACGACAGGUCAACUCACAUACUACUGUGAGCCUACUGCGGACGACUACUGCUCCUCAAACGUCGCAGCCAUGACCUAUCCCUCUCUCAACAAGGUCGUCAACUGUCCCGCCUACUACACCAGCACGAGGGAAUCCAACUACUGUGGAUACCUCGACCAAGCCGCUAUUACACUUCACGAGUACUCACACGCGAGUGCACUGUACAGCCCCGGAACCGAAGAUGUCGGCUAUGGCUGGGACAGUGUCUUGUCUUUGAACACGGAAGAUUCAAUGAACAACGCUGAUAACUUUGCUUACUAUGCUUCCGCCGUCUACCUUCAAUGUGCCGCCGACGACUCCGUUACUAUUGGGAAAGCACUAGACGUUGAUCUCGGCAUCAACAUUGGUGGCUCUGGCGACUCGGGCGACUCCACAGAAACAACGACAACGGUAGAACCCACCAAUACCCCAGAGCCCACCCCUACGGGUACAACGGGAACAGGCAGUGAUACUGGUGGUGACACUGGCGGCAACGAUGGCGGCAACGAUGGCGGUGAUACUGGCGCCGGCACCGGCACUGGGACAGAAACGGGAACUGGCACCGGCGACUGGGGCACCUGGGGCUGGGGCUGGGGCUCAGGUUCAGGGUCAUGGUCAGGGUCAGGGUCUGACUCGACCAACAAUGUCGCGCCGAGCUCAACGCCGACUACAGCACCCGUAACGACGACAACGGGCGAAGGUCUCUGGAACCUGCAGGAUCUGAUAGACUGGCUUUGGAACCAGUAUGGCAGCGGAGGUGGACAGACCCAGGGGCAAGGCAAUGCACAAGUGCAGGGACAAACACAAACUCAGGACCAGGGAGGGAUUUCAGUUUCGAAUUCGGAUCAAGAGACUGCAGCCAAUGUCGAGACGGCCACGACAACACAGGUCGCUGAGACAGAAGAGGACUGCGAUGAGGAAGAGCAGGAACCAACGCAGACUCAGGGCCAGGGAGGGAAUCCGAAAUCGAACUCGAAUCAAGAGACUGUAGUAGUUGUCGAGACGGCCACGGUCACACAAGUUGUAUAGGCAGAAGAGGAUUGCGACGAGCAGUGGGCGGUAUUGCUGUGAGAUCAAUGCGAUCAAAUGCCGCUCGUUCGUCCUUUUUACAUUAUACAAUGGCCUUUGGGAUCACUCAUAUCCGGUAGACGUAUCCAAUUCACUUCUUUAAUCCUCUUGCUUGCAAUCCCCACACAAUAACCCUCCGAAGUGCCUCAUAAUCCUAUUCAGAAACUUGCUACCCCGGCCAGACCACUCGUCCAGCCCUACUUAGGCAGCACUUAAGCUGUGAAAACAUUAAAAUCGGCCUUCCCCGUAAAGUCCCGACUACUCCUCCCAAGCCAUGCAGUAAAACUUCCUCCUUCAAUCGCCCAUCCCUGUUUCUCCGAGUCC